AACUUGGCGGUUGGAUGCGGUUGAAACGCUGAGGCGAGUGCUUGCGUGUGUCGAGCAAAGAGACGAUGCUGUCCUUCCAGCGACGCCCGCGUAUUGCAGUCGACGUUGACCUUCAAGUGGAAGGCUGCUACAACCUUCCAGAAUCCCACAGUCGCCCCAUCAGCUGUGCCUGGACGUACGACGACGGCCGCCACGGCACAAGCCCCAGCGUGGCUGUCGUCGAGCAAUGCGCCAAGUGGCCAUCGUGGCGCAUCUCCCUGCCUCGCUGCGAGCUGCCCGUCAGUCGUGACGCUGUCGUCACCAGUCGCUGUGUGCGCUUGAGCGUGCGUCAAGAGACGUCGAGUCGCCGUCGCCACACUCGUCUCGGUGUCGUGUCGAUUGACGUCGCCGACUUUGUCGGACGGUUCGGCACAUCGUCACGCCGGUAUCUCUUGCAAAACGCGAGUCUCAACUCGACACUCCAUGUACUCGUGCACACGAAACAAGUCGAUGGCGAUGUGCUCCUCAAAACUCAUCGACCCGAGGCAGCCGCAGCUGUCGUGUUGCCUUCUCGCCUUCGCCGGCGGUCGCUGGACCGCCACGUCUCCUUCGGCCCGCUGCGGCCCGUGAAACGAGCGGAAAAUGGUGUUAUCCGCGACGCCAAUUCGCUCGAUGCCCCCGCUAUGCAGGCGAUCGUGUCGGACAUUCUGCGCACCUCGGAGGAGCUCCGAAGCCGACACCUCCCCUCCAAGUAGUCGUUUAGUCGAUACGUUCUGAGGCUCCAUAAGUUCUGAGUCGAUGCUCUGGAGUACUGAGGUUGUACUAAAGUCCGCCAAGCUUCUUUGGCUACACUGGUC